AUGUACUACGUAACGGUAAUUUCCAACGAGAUGGCCGGUGAAGGAGGAGCAUUGUCGUUUUCGGUGGCGACGGCAGUGGAGGAUGUACUGCAACAACAUGAUAAUACAUUCAAAGGCCUUGAUUUGGAGUCCAGGAAAGCUAAAGAAGCCGCGUCAAGAAGGUACGAAGCUGCGGGGUUGUUGGGAAAGAUGGUUCGACCUGGAGCUGUGCCUAAGGUUGUGGAGAGUCCAUGUGAUGCUGCGCUUAUACCCGAUGGAGCAGCAUUAUCUGCAAUGUUCCAGCACUAUUUGUUUUAG